AUGUUCGCUGUCUUUGUGCCGACGACCCGCUGCUUCCUCCGGCGCGUCCUGCCCGGGCCGCCCGCCGCCAUGCACCGGCUCUACAGCCUGGAUGUGACCGCUCCGCUGCUCCGCACGCAGGGCUACGUGGACGGCCGCUGGAUCUCCGCGGCCUCGGUGUUCCCCGUCCUGGACCCGGCCACCGGGCAGGAGAUCGCCCGGGUGGCGGACUGCGGCCCCGCGGAGGCCAAGCAGGCGGUGGACGCUGCCUACACGGCGUUCGACGGCUGGAGGCGGCACACAGCCAAGGAGCGGAGCCUCCUGCUGAGGAAGUGGUUCGACCUGAUGACGCUGCACAAACAAGACCUCGCCAAACUGAUCACCUUUGAAUGUGGCAAACCAAUGGCGGAGUCUCUCGGGGAGGUGGCGUACUCCGCCUCCUUCCUGGAGUGGUUCUCAGAGGAGGCUCGGCGAGUUUACGGCGACAUCGUCUCCUCGCCGGCGAAGGACAGGAAGCUCUUCCUCCUCAAGCAGCCGGUGGGCGUCUGCUCCAUCAUCACCCCGUGGAACUUCCCCAGCGCCAUGAUCACCAGGAAGGUUGGAGCUGCUCUGGCCGCCGGCUGCACGGUGGUGGUCAAACCGGCGGAGGACACGCCCCUGUCGGCGCUCGCUCUGGCCGAGCUGGCGGAUCAGGCGGGGAUCCCGGCGGGUGUGUUCAACGUGGUGCCUUGCUCCAGAGGGAGGACCCCAGCGGUGGGGGAGGUUCUCUGCACCGACCCCCUGGUGGCAAAAAUCUCCUUCACCGGCUCCACAGCCACCGGCAAACGGUUGCUGAAAAUGGCCGCCGACACAGUGAAGAAGACGUCCAUGGAGCUGGGUGGCCACGCCCCCUUCAUCGUGUUCGACAGCGCCGACGUGGACAGGGCAGUGGGCGGAGCCAUGGCCUCCAAGUUCAGGAACUCCGGACAGACGUGUGUGUGCUCAAACCGGUUCCUGGUCCAGAGCGGCGUCUACGACCGCUUCCUGGAGAAACUGGGCCGAGCGAUGGACGCCGAGCUGCGUCUGGGUCACGGCUCGGAGCCCGACACCACCCAGGGGCCGCUCAUCAACACCAGAGCUGCAGAGAAGGUGGUCCAGCAGAUAUCUGAUGCCGUGUCCCUGGGAGCGAAGGUGCUGAGGGGGGGGAAGCGUCUGGACGGGUCCUUCAUGGAGCCGACUCUGCUCGCUGACGUCACCACGGACAUGCUGUGCACCCGAGAGGAGACGUUCGGCCCGGUAGCUUUAUACAAAACCAUUUUUUCUGAUCUCUGGUGUUGGACGGUGACUCGUGGUUGAUAACGGCCUCAGAGGAGGUCCCCCCCCCCUCGACUCCUCUUUACGGUUCAAUUCUGGGUUUUUGCACCGGUUGUUUCUCUCUUUGGUUUUGAAUCGAGUUUUCACCAUCACCACAUAGUCCAGAGACGGAUCGUCCUGUGCUCUGUUGGGCCAGAGCCCAGCGGGGGGCCCCCAGACACUGGAGCCGAGAGGAACAAAGGGUUGUUAAACUUUGGGCGGGAAAACAUCCUCCUGCAGGCUCAAGAAUCUCCCCCUGGUGGUGGAAAAAUGUCCUGGGGUUUUCCCAGAAACCCCUGCUCAGUUCCAAGCCCCGCCCACUCAGAUCCAGCUCUGACACUCAAUUGGCUUAAAGCCAGCAUCAUCCUAUGACCAACUCCUCAAGGAGGAGGACCUCUCAGGUAAUUUAAAAGCCCAUGAACACCAAACAUCGCAGCCAUUUUUACCCUGCUCUGAAGACAACACCAGGCCCCCUUCGGGGCCUCCCAGCUGAUUUAGUUGCUAAAGGGGGCAACCUUAACUUUUAGUUUAUCAGCCAUUUUCCCUGCUCUGAAGAAGUCAACAGACCCCUCCGGGUCUUUCCAGAUGAUUUAGUUGCUAAAGGGGACAACCAGAGUUAUUUUCUUUCAUUUCUUUCAUUGUCUUUUAUCUCAGUCGACGUUUUUAUUUUCAAAAGGACUUUUGCUCUUUUAACUCGAAAAGACCAAACAGGAAAUUGCACGCGGAACAAUCUCAGACUGUUUCACUUUCCCCACGGACUUUUCUUUUCCCAACGAUCUACAAACGGCUUCCACAGCCGUCCCCUGCAGAAGCGCGAGAUUCAUUCCGCUGAGGAGCACGAGCUCCACAUCCCUGAAGAAGGACGACGUUCAUCCCGUCGAAGCAGCACGAGAAAAUCCGCUGUUUGUCCGGUCCAGCGGCCGAAGACCGCUUGAGAGACCACGUGAUUCACUGGCCCGACGCGCACGCACACCGCGAGGGUGGUACAGUAAGAGGCUUUAUUGUCUGGGCUAAUGUUAAUCUAAUACGUAGCGUAUUGUUUUAAUACUUGAAUGUAUUUGUUUUGUAUGAGACCGCCGAGUCUCUAAUGUUUAGCGGCGAUUCGCCACUUCCGGUUUCCGGUUACGGCCUUGUGCCACAGUUUUUAAGCGCCGUGAGCAGCGUCUCCAGCUCAUUGUGACCGUUUGAACAACUUUAAAGAGACUUUACCGGUCAAACCUCAGCACACAACGCCACUUGGGUGCUGAGUGGUAAAGUAAAUGUAAUUUGUCUCUGACGGUGCUUUUAAGAGCUUUGCUCUCUCCUUGUAUGCUCUCUCGCUCUCUCUCUCCUUCUAAACCGACCUAUACACACAUCCGAUCUGUAUUUAGAAUACAGUUCAUGUAACAUAGUUAAAUCUAUAUUCAGAGAGGCUGGACACAUCUGGAAGCCAUGCGGCCGAACGCCAAAGCAGAGACAAAGAAUUCUCUUUGUCUGAAAAUCCCUUGGUGUAAUUCAUGUGACGACCACCAGUGUGAGCUCCGGCCACAUGGUGUCAUUAACAUAGACUCCAUUUUGAAUAACGCAAGUUAAACCACCAUUUUGAAUCUAUUAUUGCCACGCCUCCUCUCUCCCUCUCCUCCCAUUCUGGCUCUAAAUUCAUAACGGCUCCGCCAUCUUGUUUUGUAGUCAAUCCGCCAUUUUGAGAGUUUUUAGGCCUUGAUUCCACGAAUCAUGAUCGGCCGCCAUCUUAGAUGUGACGUGACUGCGUCAUCGCCACGCCCCCUUCUUUUUCUCUCUCUCUCUCGCUCUCUCACACACACACACACCCACACAGACACACAGACACAGAGACACAUUGAUAGACACAGACAGAUACACACACACAGAUACACAUAGAUGAAUACAUGUGUUUUUCUAAGUUGUGAUAAGCGGCUGCUGUUGUUAUCUUUGAAAUAUGGGAGUUUGUUAAAAUGAUGAAUCAUUAAAUAACACUAACUUUAUUUCACAUGCAUACACAUAGACACACACACACAGAGAGACACUUUGACACAGACACACACACACACACACCGAGACAGACAUACAUAGGUAGACCGCCGGUUUUACAUGUAUUGUCUGAAUUGUGCUGCUGCUGUGUUUAUCUUUGAAAUAUCGGAGCUUGUUAAAAUGAUGAAUCAUUGAAUAACAUUAUAACUUUAUUUCCCCUUUUUA